AUGAAUUAUCAAUUGGCUUAGGAGGUUUAAUGUCAAGAUCUGCUUCUUCACAUUAUAUUUGUAAAGUAAAGUAAGAAGUUGGAAAGUGUAUUGGAGGAAUAAUUCUUACAGCAUCUCCAAAUCUGGCUGGUAAAAAACAUGAAGAAUUAAUUUAAUUUAAGAAAAGGUACUCCUGAGGAUUUAAUUAAUUAAAUUUAUAUAUCAUACAACUAAAAUUAAAUAAUAUCAAACAGUAGAUUAUGAAUUUGAGAAACAUAUAAAUUUAGACUAAAUAGGAUUUUAUAAAUUUGAAAGGACUAGAUUAGAGAAAUCAAGUUUAGAAGUGAAAAUAAUUGAUACAGCUAAAGAUUAUACUGAUUUGAUUUUGAUUUGUUACACAGUUUAUUCUCAAUAAAGGUAAAUUUGAUUUAAUAUUAAAUAAUAAGUUUUUUCAUUUAGAUUAAAUUGAAUACAUGAUGAUGCUGGACUUUAUGCAAAACAUUUUUAAGCACUUUUUUUAGGUUGUUCAAAAGAAUCUAUAUUAAAUUUUAUACAUCUGA